CAUAAAUUCCUGAGCUUUUUGGUGCAACAUCUUUAAAUUCAUUUUAAUCUAAGAGACAGAUGAGUUUAGAUCUUCAAAGGUCACUGUUUUAAUAUUUGUUAUAUUGUGUAUAGACAGUUUGGAUUAAUAGUUUGCGAUAAAUGUAAAAGAAGACGUGGUUACUUACUCUUCAAAUGUGAAGAUUAUUACGAAAAUAUUAACCAUAAUAGUAAAAAAAGAAUACUAAACAAAAAAUGGCUUGGAAACCGGAUUUGGAAUCAUUAUUUAAUGAUGAACUUGUAACAGAUAAUAUAAAUAAUAGUUUUUUACAAACAGAAAAAUGUUACACACCGCGUCCACGAGAACACAUUGAGUAUGCGGUAAGGAAAAUUAAACUUAUAGAGGAAAAAGAAAAAGAGAUGGAAAAAAAUAAGGAUGGAAGGAAAGAGGGGGAUGAAAAGAAAAAAAAUGAAGAAAAUGAUAACAGGAAAGAGAAUGAAGAAAGAAAAGUGGAAGAUAUAAAAAAACGUAUUGAUCGUACUCAUAUUUUUAAAUUGUUCAAGGAAUAUUCAAAGAAACCCAAUCAUCACUCUUCCGCGUUACCAGAUAUUAUACCAGAAUUUCCAGAUUUAUCACUUGAAGAAGACAAUGUUGUUGCAGGCCAUGGACACAAUGAUUGCUUAGAUAUUGAAAAAGAAUCAAUACAAAUGAUGCGUUCUUUAGGUAUGGGUUCUGGUAGAAGUUCUUAUUUAGAUGCAAAUCGUACUAUAUCAACACAUCCAAUAACUUCAAGUAUUAUAUUUCCAACUAGUCAAUAUGCUGUACCUAUAUUGAUGGAUGAACAAUUUUUUAAAUUUUCAAAUACAGCCGAAAAAGAAGAUUGCUCAGUAAGAGAUAUAAAUUUAUUAAAUUCUUUUGAAUUUGAUAUAAGGAGCUAUGAGAAAGAUCCAUUUGCAAAAGCUAUUUUAGAAAAUAAAAGAGAUGAUUUAAAUGUUAAAGACGCCAAGGAAGAAUACAUAAAUCACUUUCCUUGUUUAGAAAGCGCUAUAUCAAAAGUGUCUAAUCCUGAACGUGCUUCAGUAUCAUCAGUACAAGAUCCAUUAGUUAAAAAAAAUAAACGAAAAAAGAAAGGAAAAAAUAAAAAAACAAGUCAAAAACCUGAGGGACUCUAUCCCAAAAAAGUUAAAAAACGACCGACUUACAGUAAAUUAGAUAUUUCUAAUAAUAAAACUGACAAUUUUAACAAAUGGAAUCUCCCUCUCUCUCUUUCUUAAGAUGUUAAAUGUCUACAAUCAAUUAUUGAUUUUUGAUUUUUUUUUUGUUGCGGGUUAUAGUUGGGACCCACUAUUCAUUAUUAACCAAGAUAGAAAAUAAAACUGCUUUCUAAAAAUAUCUUGAAUAAAAAUAUGUGUUUGUAGAGCAUGCAACAAAUAAUGUCUCCACAAACAAAAUAGGAAUAAUAAAAUCAUGGUUAAUAAUAGAAAUAUAAAUACAAGAGAAAAAAUACGAAAUUUGUUUUGGAUAGUAAAAUAUAACAUUUUAAAUCAAAAUCUAUGUGAACGCACUUGGUAACGAAAUAUUUCGAUAAGAAACAGUUAACUGAUAGCACAUUUUCGAUUGGUAAAUCUGGAGUAAUUUUUUCAAUUGAGUUGCUCUUUUAAUGCCCUUUUAGUGCGCAUUUAGUGCAAUUUUAAUCUAGAUUGAAUCCAGAUGAUUUACUAAUCGAAAACGCCAUUAGUCUUAAAUUAUAA